AUGAACGAUCAGUUAGAACCCGAACGCAGUCAGGAUUCUGGCGGCUCAAUUAAGGAUAAGAUUCCUGAAGAGAAUGAUGGUACUGAAGGCAUGCUUUUGAAGGAUGUCACACCUAAACUUGAAAAAAUGUGGUUUCGCUAUCCUUACUUGUUGAAGCUUAAUAUCUUACUUCUAGGUGGCGUGCUUUCACAGGUUGUUUCCGGUUACGAUGGUUCUCUUCUUAAUGGUAUGCAAUCGCUUACUGUUUGGCAGGAUUAUUUCGACCAUCCAAAAAGUGCAAAAUUGGGAACCAUUACAAAUGGUCUCACUAUCGGUAGUCUUAUUUCUAUACCCGUCGUCUGA